CGCUAUAAAUUUAUUAUAAUGUAUGAGUAAGUUUAUCCCUCAUGGAACCCCUGGGAAAAUUUGUAGUAUUAGAGUCGAGGAUAAGCGUGGCGAGAAAAAUGGCGAGAGUUGUUUACAGUUGAGGCGAAAAGCAACACAAAAAAAGAACAUUGUGUUAUAACCUGCUUGCACUAAUUUUGCUAUCAUGUCUGCAAACGACAAUAUUACUGCCGAUUUAAAUGUCAAUAACAGCAAUUCAAAUAAAACCGAUUCUGGUGAAAUCAAUGCUGUAAUUACUCGAAUUGAUGACGCAUCGUCGAACCCUGGAUCUGAUGAUGUAGAAGAAAUGUGUUUAGGGGAUACCACAACAAUGGAUCAAAGUCAACCAGAUGUUUAUACUCCUCAUGGAGAAGAUAAGUCAGUGUCAAACAGUGACAUUAUAACAGGUGACUCUACAGAAACAGAUAAGUGGGCAUUGCCAUCUACCAAAAGAAAUGAAAAGUCUAAUGAUAUUGAUAAAGAAACAAACAAUAGCAGAGAGAAUGAAGUGUCUGGAAAUGAGGAAUUGAAAGUGAAAUUACCUCCCCUGAAAAAAGAAACCUCUGAGAUGUCCGACUCUAAAAAUGACUCACAGAUGUCAGAUACUAAAAAUUCAGAUUUGUCAAAACUUCAAAGUUCAGAAUCAGAAAUUUCAAAUUCAGAGACAAUGUCCGUGAAGUUACCUCCCUUAGAAGGGGACAGACCAGAAUCAGAGAAAAAUGAUGGUGCUACAUUACAGGACUCAUUAAAACCUGAAUCUACCGAUUGUGAAAAUGAGCGUUCCCAAUCUCCAAUGGAUGACAAGUCUAGUUGUGGAUCUUUAGAGGGCGUUUAUCAAAUUAAAUGGGCAAAGUUAAAAGGGAAAGAAGUACCUAUUAUAACACAGAAUGAAAAUGGACCUUGCCCAUUGUUGGCAAUCAUGAAUGUUUUAUUAUUAAAAGGAAAAAUUAAAUUCAGUUCUGAUACUGAAAUAAUUUCCUCCGAACAAAUGAUGGCACAUCUAGGUGAAUGUAUAUUUGCCAAUAAACCACAGAAUGCUACAGAGGUUGUGCAAUUAAAUUAUGAACAAAACAUGCAGGAUGCCAUGGCUGUUAUUCAUAAACUACAAACAGGGCUUGAUGUUAAUGUUAGAUUUAAUGGAGUUAGUGAGUUCGAGUACACACCAGAAUGUAUAAUAUUUGACCUGCUUGGAAUAUCACUUUACCAUGGUUGGUUGGUUGACCCACAGAACCAAAGUGAGGUUACAGCCAUUGGUAACUGUAGUUACAACCAAUUAGUAGAGAAAAUUAUAUCACAGAGGAGUUCUGAAAACCAUCAACUAGUCACUGAAGCACUUGUAGCAGAAGGUUUCCUAGAUAGAACAGCAUCACAGCUGACAUACCAUGGCCUGUGUGAAUUAUCAUCCACAUUAAAACCUGAUCAACUUUGUGUCUUCUUUAGAAACAACCAUUUCUGUACAUUAUAUAGACAAAAGGAUGAAUUGUUUCUACUGGUAACUGAUCAAGGAUUUUUACAUGAAAGGAAUGUUGUAUGGGAGACAUUAAACAAUGUGGAAGGAGACCAUUACUUUGUAGAUUCAGAAUUCCAUACCUAUACCAAACCUACACCACAAGAACCAGUCUUACCUCCAGAUGUGUCUGUUAACAGUGAUGAACAAGUUAAUCAUGAUUUUUUAUUGGCGAUGUCUCUACAACAAGAACAACAAUUGUGUGCAGAACAGAUGGAAGUAGCCGAGGCUCCUCAACAACAACCACAACAUCAAAGAACUCAUCUGUCUGAUGCUGAAUUUGCUGCAAGGCUACAGGCUGAAGAAGAUGCACAAGCAGCCCAACAAGCAGCUCAACCACCAGCACAGCCGCAUGGCAACCAGAGAGUGACACCUGGUGGUAGUCAACAGAGAUCUAGAGACCGGGAGAGACCUAGGGAUAGGGAAAGACACAGAGAAAGAUCAAGAGAAAAAGAUAGUAAUUGUUGCAUUUUAUGAUGGAAGCUUUGUACAGCUAGAUACCGUUCAUCUCCUAGUCAUAAUGGGACAGACAUACACAGGGGAGAUAAUCCUAGUCUUCUAGUUGGCAAACAAAGAUGGUUCAACAGUCUAGAAUCCAUAUAAAAGGAUCAUUGUUAACUUAUUGUGUUUUUAUUUGUUAUAGAGUAUGAAACAAGGCAUUUGAAUUUGAUAAGUAGAUGUAACUGAUGUGUGACAGUAAGACAUUAGUAUUUGUGUAGUUUCACUUGAUCCGAGACAAAAAUCACAAUAGGUAAUAUUUUUUUUUCGCUUUUCAAUCAUUAGGUUUAAAAUUGUUGAUAGGUGUUUAUUAUAUACCUAUGUUUACCUGUUAUAGCCAAAAUUUGUAUGGGUAUUGCCUUUGAGCUGAUCUGGUUAUUAACUUAUGUCUUGACCUCAUUUUCAUCCUCAUGUAAAAAAGACAUUUAUUUUUUAAGGUCUGUAAGCAUCAGUACAUAAUAGGGUAAAACAAAUAACUGUAAAAAGACUGUUUUGCAAUACUCAUGGAGCAUGGAUUUUUUGUCAAUUUCAAAUAAUGAAAGGGG